AGUCCGGUUCAGUUCAAUACCGGGUUACUUAUCUUGAUUUUCGAAUGAAUUGAAGAAAUGAUUUUUUUUUUAACCCUAACACUAAACUCAAAAAACACACAAAAGAAAGGUAAUUUAAAUUACCUUUGUAAACAAGUUACGAUUUGUAAACAAUAAUGGAAGAGCCGACAUAGCACUCAAGUACCGAUUCGAACCACUGAUGAGGAGAAAGCGUUGAGAGCUUUAUAUGAAAAGAUCAUUAAAGCAGAAACGAAAUCUUAGCGUUUAUGGACAAAUCAUUGUUUCUGUAGGAGCUCAUGGAUACAAGAAAGAUUCCGGUGUUCUGUUAUUGGAAUGGUUGCAUAAAAGACGGUCCUGAUGGUCCAUUUUACGAAGGCUCAGGUCCAAGAGUGAUUAGAGUUGAUAGCAAAAUCCAACUAUCCAGAUUGUUGGAUGAUCUGCAUCGAGUUACUGGAUUCGAAAGGGGAAAGUUUCAGAUUGAUUUGAUUGGUAGGUACCCUUCCAUUGUUCAGCAACCGAUGGUCAAGUAUAUGCGUUUACCCGUUGUUGAUGAUUGUAGCCUUGAGACCAUGCUUGAGGUUCCAAGUUACCAUCCUUGUAUCAACAAUGUGGAGUUGUUCUUAGAGGUCAAUCCGGUUUCUGGUCCUGUUUCUCAUCAGUCGCCAUUUCCAAAUAAUGUUAGUUCUACCGCAAAUCAGGCGCCCAAAAAGCAUUCUCUGACAGAAGAUGCUGAUGUAAAUGCGAGUGUGAGAGAUAACACGUUAAGAACGCCGCAAGAGCACAACAAUAACAACGGUUGGAUCGAAGAUGAGCAGAGGACGGAUGCUGGCAACUGUGGAAAUUGUGGUAACACUGAGGCUGUACUAGAGAAUUCGAAAUUGGAAAAGCAGUUGAUUUUCUCUAGUUUAUGGCUCGAGGAAUGUGAGUUGCAGGUUGGGAUGCGUUUUAGAGAUAAAGAUGAGCUGGAGAAAGCAGUGAAGUUGUACUCUAAUAGAAGGCAACGUGAGUACAUUGCGCACGAAAUUUUAUUUAAAUUCGUAUGCAAGAGAUACUGCGGAUGGGAUCUCAAGGUAGCUAAAACGGAGAGCAAUGGCUUUGAGAUAAUAGAACAUACCGGUCCGCAUAGCUGUAAGCCAGUAGAUGUGAGCUCAGAUUUUCUGGCUAGUGAGAUCGAAGGUCUAAUAAAAGCUCAGCCCUCGCUUUCAAUUGCGGACCUGAACAAUUGGGUGAGAGAAGAAUUUGGCUACACUGUCUCCCAUGCUAAUAUGUGGAAUGCUAAAAAUAAAGCGUUCACUGCAAUCUCGGGAGACUUGAACAAGAGUUUUAGCUUAUUGCCCAAGUUCAUGGCUGCCCUUAGUUCAUCUAAUGAGAUGCUCGUGGAAUGGCAACAUGAUCAUUUUCCUGCUACCAAAGGUGCCUCCUUUCAUUCCGUGUUUUGGGCGUUUCAGCAGUCAAUUGAAGGGUUUCCUUACUGCAGACCUCUUAUUCUUGUGGAUUCGGUAGACUUGAGCGGUAAUUACCGUGGGAAAAUGUUGGUUGCUGCAGGACUUGAUGCCGAAAACAUGCUUUUCCCACUUGCGUUUGCGAUUAUUACCGAAGAAAGUUUGUCAGCUGGUACUUGGCGUUGGUUCUUUAGGUGCAUCAGAAAGAAAGUAACGCAAAGGGAAGGCAUUUGUCUAAUAACAAGUCCAAAUCCGGACAUUGUUGCAGUUGUUAACGAACCUGAGUGUCAUUGGGCGCAACACCGGGUCUGUCUUAGGCAUCUGUGCUGUAAAUUUUAUGAAGUUUUCCAAAACAACCUCAUGACAGAGUAUGUUUACAAGGCUGGAUCCACGAGUUACAAAUCAAGAGUUGAUUACUACUUGAAGAAACUUGAAAAGAUGAAUCCCGAGGCUAGGAGAUGGUUAGACAAAUUGCCUCUGCAUCAAUGGACUCUGGCUCAUGAUGUUGGCGGGCUGAGAUUCGGGGUCGUCUUGACUACAAACACAAUCUUUAGGACUUAUGAUUUCAUAAACAAAGCCCGUAAUCUUCCAGUCACAACUUGUAUCUUGCUAAUCUUUGAUCACCUGGCAGAGCUUUUUAAGUCGCGACAUGGUCUUCUCGAGGAAUCAAUGAAAAACAGAAGAGAGGUCUACGCUAAACAUGUCAUGACAAAGCUUGAAGAGUACAAGGUAACUUGUAGAACACACGUUGUACUGCCAUUAGACCAGUCUGGACAGAGGUUUCAGGUCACUGAAGUGAUGGAAGUUGGAAAGAAGGAAUUCUUUGUUCAGCGCAGCGAUCGGGCUUGCACAUGUGGGAUAUGGCAACUUUACAAAUAUCCGUGUUCGCACGUGAUAGCGGUUUGCAGGAGGCUGAACAUUGAUCAUUUGCAAUAUGUAAAUGAAUUCUACAAUACAGAAAGUUUUCUUGGAGUUUAUGCUGCUGCUUUUAAUCCGCUUCCAGGAGUCUCCGAUUGGCCAGGAAGUUCCAAAGUUCCAAGACUGUUUCCUCCUGGAAGUCGUGCUAUAUACAUUAGUUCCCCGGCUCGUGACAACAGAGCCACCGCAAAACGGCUCUGCUUAUAGCUAAGUAAGUUUUAGGGGAUAAUUCGGAUUUAUGAGAAGCGGCAAAAGAAGUUGUUGUUGGAUCUUAUCUUUAGCCUAUUAUUGGUCACACUCUUGUAUCGUCUAACAACUGUUAGAUAUUCUUUCAGAUUAAAGUCUUUCAUAGUCAAGAGUAAAAAGGGUAAUAAUUAACGGAAUUAAUGAA